CUGUCGCCUUGAUUUCUCCGGUUGGCUGCGUCGACACCAAAACUCAUCUGUCGCAUAUCAUCAUCAGCGCGCGCAAGGCAGGAAACUCUUUCGACCCUUGAUCGCUGAACCCACGCACACCCAUCCAGUUGUCGACACAUAGCAGCAGCACUCUUCCUUGACGUUGCAUAAAUCAUCGCCCUCUUCUUCUCCCCCCCUCUUUGCAUUGGUUGCCCUCUGGCUUUCUCGUGUCGCCUUGCUUCCCUCUUCCCCCAUGAGCUGAGUCGACACAGUCAUCCGGUUCGCAAACAAUUCCUGCCGCACAUCGCUCGUCCGUUGAUCUUUGCUGACACGUCGCUGCUGCUUCUCGCGGGCAAAGACCUAGGGGGCUCUUCCUCUGGCGGAUACUGCUGCAAUCAACAUUUAAGACGAGAGAGAGAGAGACGUUUGGCAGGUCGUGGAACCACGCUUGCCGUGUCGCAUCAUCGCAACAUGACGUCGAGUUCGGACGAAGGCGAGAUCAUGGAGCAUGACGCCGUGGAAUUGAAGGCAACUUCACUGCCGAAGAAGUUUGAAGGAAACGGUGUUGACCGUCAAGACAGAACCCGAGAUAGAUACUCGGCCUCCAAAUCCCCCGUACACGACAAUGCCGCCAGGCACCACAACCCGCCGAGACGGAGCCGCUCGCCCCCGCCCCGUGGCUUUAAGCGCGCCCGCGACGAGCGCGACUACGCUGCCAGUGGCCGCCAAGAUACACGACGCUUCCGCGUGCACUACGAGGAUGGCCCGCGGGACGACUACCGCCGCUCGCGCGUCUCGUACGAAGACCUGGACCGCCCGUCCUCGCGCGGCUCGAACCACAGUCAGGACGGCCGUGACAGGAAUCGGAGCCGCGACAGAGAAAGAGACACAUACCGGGAUAGAGACCGUUACCCGGACAAGCGGCCGCGCAACCGCACCAGAUCGCCCUACCGCCCCCCGCGCAACGACCGAGGAGGCCGCGAUAAUUACUACAGCAGAGACGGCGGCCGCGACCGGCUCGCCGAUUCGUUCCGAGACUUGAAGUACGACGAGCAAAGAGACCGAGACUCCCGCAACGGAGGCACGGGGUCGAACGGGGCCGCUGUAGGAAAGGAUUCUCGUGCUUCCAGAGACGAUGCUAAACCUGUGAAAAACUCUGCAGACGACAGGAACUCUGCUGCGUCUCGCUCUCGGGACCAGACGUCCGUCUCUCCUUAUUCCAAAAGGACUCGGUUCCUGCUAACGCCCGAAGGCAGCGCGCCGCAGGUGGUCGAGCCCGAACACGGCUACGACGAGCCGGAGGAGCCAGUCGUCAUCGACGAGGAGGCCGAGAUUGAACGGCGGCGGCGACGUCGUGACGAGCUACUGGCAAAGUCUAACUCUGCCACUCCGCUGCUCGUUCAUGCACUGCACGCCGCUGACAAGUCGGCCGUAUCCUCUCCCGCUCAAGAGGGCACACCUAGCACGCCGGUUGCAGGCGACGUUGGUACUCCAGGCACAGAUUUUGAAUCGCCCGCUCGAGAUGGGAGCUCUCCUGGGGCUAUUGACAUCGUGAACGAAAGCGACCUCAUGAACACCCACGGGGGCGGCGAGGUCACUGAAGAAGAUGGGCCCUCUGCAGCAGACUAUGACCCAACCGUCGACAUGAAGGAAGACGAGAGACGUGAUGAAAUGCGACAUGGUAACGUUGGUGUGCACGGCGAAGCCCCCGAUGCUCAGACGGAGGCGGAACCUCAGAAACCACCCCAGGAAGCACCGGCGAAGAAGCCCUCGGGCGACGAUGAGGACGACGACGACUUCGACAUGUUUGCCGAAGACUUUGACGAUGAGAAGUACGCUGCUCCCAACCCUGCCCAGGUGGCCGUGGUGGACGACAGCAAAGCUUCACCAGCUCUCGCCCCGCCAAACGGCGCCAUUCUCGAGGGCGACGACAAGGAUGGCUACUACAAGAUCCGUAUUGGUGAGAUCAUGAACGGUCGGUACCAGGUCCAGUCCACUCUGGGUAAGGGCAUGUUCUCCGGCGUCGCGCGGGCCGUAGACAUAACGAACAAGAAGCUGGUGGCCAUCAAGAUCAUGAGAAACAACGACGCGCUGAGGAAGGGAGGCUUCACCGAAAUUGCCAUCCUGCAAAAGCUCAACGACGCCGACCCGGAUAACCGCAAACACAUUGUCAAGUUUGAGCGGCACUUUGACCACAAGGGACACCUGUGUAUGGCGUUUGAACACCUCAGCCUGAAUCUACGAGAGGUGUUGAAGAAGUUUGGCAACAAUGUCGGAAUCAACCUGAGCGCGACGAGGGCGUACGCCCACCAGAUCUUCAUCGGACUUGCUCACAUGCGGAAAUGCAGCAUCAUCCAUGCCGAUCUCAAGCCUGACAACAUUUUAGUCAACGAGAACCGGAGUGUGCUCAAGAUUUGCGACCUCGGAACCGGUAUCGAUAAGUCGGACGCGGCUACGGCACAGAACGAGAUCACGCCGUACCUGGUCAGUCGCUUUUACAGAGCACCCGAGGUCAUACUUGGCAUGCCCUAUGACUACUCGAUCGACAUGUGGUCCAUCGGCUGCACGCUGUACGAGCUGUACACGGGCAAGAUCCUCUUCGCGGGCGACAGCAAUAACCAGAUGCUCAAGGCCAUCAUGGAAAUCCGAGGCAAGAUCACGCCCAAGCUCUACAAGAGAGGGCAGCUGGCGGCGAUGCACUUUGAUGAACUGGGCAACUUUGUCAGCAUGGAGCGGGACAAGGCUCUUGGAAAGACAACCGCCAGGGUUCUUCCCGUCGUCAAACCGACGCGUGACCUGCGCACUCGCCUCUUCGCUGCGUCGGCGGGUAUGAACGACGCCGAGACUAGAGACCUGAACCACUUUGUCGACCUGCUCGAGCACUGUCUGACGCUCAACCCGGAGAAGAGAAUCAAGCCCGCCGACGCGCUGAAGCAUCCCUUCUUUACGGCGAGGGUCGUCGCCCCGUCGAAGCGGUAGGGGAUGGUCUGUCGUGGCCACGGGCUAGCGAUUAGGAAGACGCCUUUCGGGGUGGCCGUAGCAUGAGGUUACGGGUUGGAUUUAUUCGACAUGGUCUUCGGGGUUUACUCCGUACGCUCGCGCAUGACGUACGCCACCGGGUGGAGAGGGGUAUUCUCGGAGACAGUUUGUACGACAAAGUUGUGUUAGAGCAAAAAGAGAAGAUGAGCAAUGGUAACAUUGAACCACCUACAGGACUUGCCACAACAGACCAC